GAAGUUGUUCCUUUCCGUGUUUACUGGUCACGGGUCCCAAACAGACAGCUGAGCUCCCUCCUGGCGAUGAUAUCCCACCCUGUAAUUUGGGCUUUUCGCAGCAGUGUGCGGUGCUGGCGACACCGAGCUCUCCGAAAAGCGACUUCGUGGGCCUUGGACGUCAGCGGUUGGCGCUGGUACUCGACCACAGUUCGUGGCGGUGUCACGGGCAUGGAGGAGAUCCUAGCGAGGGUCGUUGCACCUUUACCCACAUACGAGACCAGAGACAAGUCCCCUCCACCUCCUGAAUCGAACAGUUUGGAGUUCAUGCACUUCUACAGCAGCCUGAACAAAGAAGGGAAGCUCAGCGUGUUGACGAAGCUGUCUCAGGACUUUGGCGUGGACCACAAAGGGGUCUCAGAGCUCGCCCUGAAGCUUCUGGACACUCAGCUACGAGACUUAGCGACCAUUUUACAAGUCGAAGACAGGCUACGGUACAGCCUGACCCCUCGCUACAAACAAUUGCUCAAUCAUAUCAGCAGGGUCGAAGGUGGAGUGAAGUUUCUGGUGGAUCUCCGGGCCGAUAUUCUUGAAAUACUCACCUCCAAAGCUAGCGAGAGCCCACACAUCAGGGACCUUAAUGGCACGCUGAAGAGUUUGCUGUCUGAGUGGUUUUCUGUCGGUCUGCUUCGCCUGGAGAGAAUCACCUGGCAGUCCCCCUGUGAGAUCCUGCAGAAGAUCAGUCAAUAUGAAGCAGUGCAUCCUGUAAGGAACUGGACCGACCUGAAGCGCAGAGUGGGUCCAUACCGCCGUUGUUAUGCCUUCACCCAUGCCGCCAUGCCAGGAGAGCCGCUGGUUGUUCUUCAUGUAGCGCUCACUGAAGACAUCUCUGAUAACAUUCAGAGUAUCGUCCGUGAGUUUGCCACACUUGACUCUGAAGAAGAUGUGAACAAGAUAAAUGCAGCAAUUUUCUACUCCAUCUCCUCCACCCAGGCUGGCCUACAAGGGGUGGAGCUGGGAAACUACCUCAUCAAGAGGGUGGUACGGGAACUACAGAGCGAGUUCCCCCAAAUGAGCCAGUUCUCCAGCCUGUCUCCAAUCCCGGGCUUCUCCUCCUGGCUCCAGGGUCUGCUGAGUCAGUACAAGAAGGAGAGCCGGGGCUCCGACCUCCUCUCCGAGCACGAGUGGAAGGAGGUGGAACAAGCCACCGACUCGGCCCCUGGAACCCCGGCCAUUGAGGCUCUCCGUAAGCUGAUCGGCACCAGCGAGUGGAUGCACUCUGAGCGCCUGUCCCGUGUCUUGGAGCCCGCCCUGAUGCGCCUCUGUGCCUGGUACCUGUACGGAGAGAAGAGGCGGGGCUAUGCUCUCAACCCUGUUGCCAACUUCCACCUGCAGAACGGUGCCACCAUGUGGAGACUCAACUGGCACGCUGAUACAAGCCCAAGGGGGGUGGCAAACUCCUGCGGCAUCAUGGUGAACUAUCGCUACUUCCUGAAGGAGACCUCUAAAAACAGCGCCCUCUACCUGCAGAACAAAGUCAUCACAGCUUCAGAGCAGGUGCUGGGACUGGUGAGCCAGUUUCAGAAGAACAGCAAGCUGUGACACAGGGAGCCACUCCUGAACCCACCUUUGCUCCUUUUUUAAUCGCACUUAAUUUUGUUUAAUUUAUUCUAAUGUACUGAAAAUGUUUGCUAACAUUGACAGAGCAGCUAAGAACGCUGAAUGGACAUCAGAUGAUACUGUAUUUUAAUUGAAACAAGAACAUUUCUCACACCCUCUCCUCCCUCCUCCUGUAUGCAGCGCAUCGGUUAGACUAUCUGCGUCGUUAGGUUUCUGGUUGAAGCAGUUUGAUAAUGUGUAAGUGCUUUGCAGGCUGAGAGACUGCAGCUAAUGAAGCACGAGGCAUCUAUCAAUGCUUUGCCAUGUUCCUGGAUAACAGUGUGUGUAAUGGUGAAGCAGAAGCAAUAAGGGAGCACAGCUACUGGAAUAAAUGAUGCUGCCAUUCUUUCAUUUGGCUGAACAGACUCACUGCAAACAUGUCGGACAAAGGAGGGGAUUGGUUUUGUCUUGUUGGUUUGAUAAACACCUGCUGUUAAAUUGUUUAUUUCCUCUAAAGCUCAAUACACAAAGGCAUGAAAUCACUGACUGGAAAUAUUAUUUCAUCUCGGAUAACGGGAUGCUCCGACCACAUUUUCUCCUGCCAGUUUUGUCUAUCAUUUAUGAGUGAGAUCAGCCUAUACACAUACUGAUCACAUUUAGUGUUUUUAUAGCAGCUGCUUUAGCUGUUAGUCCAUCUACUUAGCCUUGUAGUGUACUUGGACCUCCAACAGGUGGCAGUGUAACCUGAUAAAAGAAGCACAAAAGUCAUCCUUAUUCAGUUAGCAGCAUGGUUUUACUUUCUUUAUUCAACAGAGCAGAACAAUAUUCUCCCAAGAAGCAAACUUAUUAUCCUACAUUAAAGAGAA